CCGGCUGCUGUCAGUUGGCCAAUGACGUUACCCGCGGGUGGGGCGGGGCUUAGCUUUGAAUUGGCGCGGGGUACGGAGCGGUGGAGGGGACAGUCGGAGAGCGCAGAGCCGCGCGAUGGGGACUGUGGAACCCGCGGCUGGGGAGAGGGGUCCCGCGCGGGUGAAGCGCAUCGCGGUGCCCCGGCCGCCCUCCAUAGAGGACUUCACCAUCGUGAAGCCCAUCAGCCGCGGCGCCUUCGGGAAGGUCUACCUGGGCCGCAAGGGGGGGAAGCUCUACGCUGUCAAGGUGGUCAAAAAAGCGGACUUGAUAAAUAAAAACAUGGUUCACCAGGUCCAGGCAGAGAGAGAUGCAUUGGCUCUCAGCAAAAGUCCUUUCAUUGUACACUUAUACUACUCACUUCAGUCAGCUAACAAUGUCUACUUGAUGAUGGAAUAUCUUAUUGGUGGAGAUGUCAAAUCUCUUCUCCACAUAUAUGGCUAUUUUGAUGAAGAAAUGGCAGUGAAGUAUAUUUCUGAAGCAGCACUGGCUCUUGAUUACCUUCACAGGCAUGGGAUAAUCCACAGGGACCUGAAGCCAGACAACAUGCUAAUUUCUAAUGAGGGCCAUGUUAAAUUGACAGACUUCGGGCUCUCCAGAGUUACUCUGAACAGAGAGAUAAAUAUGAUGGAUAUCCUUACUACACCAUCAAUGGCUAAGCCUAAACAAGAUUAUUCACGCACUCCAGGACAAGUUUUGUCUCUCAUCAGCUCUCUGGGUUUUUACACUCCAAUUGGUGGGAAAAUGCAAGGACCUAGUUCAAGUCCCAUGUCGUCUGAUGCUUUACAACUUUCUCGAGAAUUGGUUUCUCCCAUGUCUGUUGGUCAAAAGGAUUACACUCCUGUUUCGAAUAAACUAUUGAAAUCAUGUCUUGAUGUUGCUGCCUUAAAUCCCGGGAUGCCAGUGAAGAGUUUAACUCCAACUCUCCUUCAAUCUAGGAAGAGAUUUGGUACCUCCAGUGCCAGUAGCCACUCACGUACACACAUGUCCAGUAUGGAAUCAGAAUGCUGUAGCAGCCCCAGGUGGGAGAAAGAUGUACAGGAAACUGACAAUAUAUCGUGUUCUGGAACAGGCAAGGCAAAGGAAAAGCUUUCUAAUACGCAAUUACUGAAUGCAAAAGACAGUACAGCCUUAAAAAAGAAGGAACUUGAGUUUGCCAUCUCUCCCAUUGGUAGCAAUGACUCUGGCUGCAGGCAUGAUGCAAAAAUUGAGCAUUUUGAUGUAGGGGACACUCCUGUGACUGCAUCAGAUGUGAAAGAUCUAGUCAGAAAAUGUCUUUCUGAAAAUAAGGCUUGGGAAGAAAAACUUGUGGAAAGAACUGGUGUGGCUAAUGAGACAGGAAAGUCUUCCAAUUGCCAGCAGCCAUGCUCAUCGUUGGUUGAUCCUGCCAAAUGCAUCAAAGAGGAGGACAUUCUUGAAAAGCCAGGUGUAAAAAGAAGCUUUGAACUAGUUGACACCAGUCCUUUUCAAGAACUUAACUAUGUUAAAAAAAGCAAUGCAGAAUAUAAACGUGGCUGUCAAAUUUCAGGAUUUCAGGCAAACCAAAGCACAGGUUUAACAACGGAAAUCCAGUGUUUGAUGCUUUCUGGUGAUAGAGGUCUACAGGAGACCCAUAAAAAUGAAGAAAAAGCUAAGGAUUCCAUCUAUAGACUGCAAACAUCAGAAAAGUCAGCCACUCCAAUAAUAGCUAAGAAUCUUAUGCAUGAGCUAAAUGCAGAUUGUGAAAAAGACAGUAAAAAGGAGUAUAUUAACUCUAGUUUCUUAUGCAUUGAUGAUGAAAAACCUCUUGGAAUCUUGAGUGCAGAUUCUGAUUUAUCCUUCCCUGAGAUUUCUGUUACAGAGAGCCAUUUAGAAAAGCAGCUUUCAGACCUGGAUAAGAGUAUUAAAGAACUUUCCUUUGAGGAGUCAAAAACUGAGGACAUGUCAGUAAUGUUGUCCUGUUGUCAAGAUGCCUCACCAAGAGGUGAGGAAGAGAAUAUUGUCCAGGACAGCAAGCCUUUGUGCCAUGAACAGGAUAACAUCCUGAAAUGUUUGGUUGAAACUCAUACUGAUGUAAUCUCUUCUCCCUCAGAGGAGAUGAUGAAAACAUUGAACCUCCUUAAAAAAAAUGUUGUAGCUUUUCGAAGUUAUAACAGUCCAAUUAAUGUGUCCAAUGCAUCAGAGCCAUCAAGAAUUAGCAUGGCUUCUUUAGAUGUAAUGGAUCUCUCUCCUGCUUGUAGUGGCUCUUACCCCAUGGCUAUUACCCCAGCACAAAAGGGAAGAUCUUAUAGGGUUUAUCAGCCGUGCUAUCUGGACUUCAGAGAAAUCGCCAUUAUCUUAAGUAGCCCAUGGGAAGAAGGAAAGACACCUAAUCAGGGAAAUGCUGACACACCAUAUAGGACUCCAAAGAGUGUAAGAAGAGGGGCUGCCCCAGUGGAAGGUGAACGCAUUUUAGGAACCCCAGACUACCUGGCACCUGAGUUGCUAUUAGCAAAGCCUCAUGGGAUUCUGAUGUCUGGUCCUGCAGUAGAUUGGUGGGCUCUCGGAGUUUGCUUGUUUGAGUUUUUAACUGGAAUUCCACCCUUUAAUGAUGAAACACCACAACAAGUCUUCCAGAAUAUUUUGAAAAGAGAUAUUCCUUGGCCUGAGGGUGAAGAAACGUUGUCCAGUAAUGCCCAAAAUGCAAUAGAUAUUCUUUUAACCAUUGACACUACAAAGAGAGCUGGACUGAAGGAGCUGAAACAUCAUCUCCUCUUUCAUGGUGUAGACUGGGAUAAUCUUCAGAAUCAAACUAUGCCUUUCGUACCUCAGCCGGUUGAUGAAACAGAUACCUCCUACUUUGAAGCUAGAAAUAAUGCUCAGCAUCUGACUGUGUCUGGAUUUAGCUUAUAGAAUUGAGAAAAUGGAUCUUUGUCCAUGGUUUUGCACAUUUGUAAACUACCGUUUAACACUAGUUUGGUCUUGGUUUUCUUACCAAACACAGUUUUUAAAACAGUUGAUCAGUCUGCUUUUAAUUUGUAUAUCCUUUGUCUAAAACAAAACCACUAUACAAAAUGUUCAUUAAUUCCAAAUGGCUUCUUGUUUUUCAUUUAGCCUACUUUCUGCACCUUAUUGAGAGCCUGAGUAUGUAUUUGUAAAGUUAGUAAUGUCACUUUCACACUUGGCAAAAUAUUUCUCUUGCUGCUGUGGAGUACUUCCAAUUUGUUGGGGCUAUUUUGCAAUUAAACACAACUGAGUGGGGGCAUAAAAUGCAUUAUUUAUCUGUCUGGGGUUCAAUAUGUUCAUAGUCACAUUUGGGAUAGGAACUUUCAGACCAAUUUGGAGCUGCAUCCAUAGGGAAAAUGGAAGUUUUUACACUGCUGUGAAACCUAAAAAACAUCUUAUCCCUCUGAAUUACUCCUUAGUGGGAAGAGAAAAGAGAUGUUUUUGGCAUUCCUAGAUCACAUACACUGCCUGCUCGGCUGCUGGUUGUAAAACUUAACUGUAUUUUUGCUGCUAACAUUUUUCCCCUGGCAAAUGCACAGAGUUAAGGAAGCUUAUAGCAAGUUAAAAAAAAACAGACUUUUUGUUUAAAUUGUCAUACUGAAAGGACUUUGAAUGUGUUAUGGGAUGAUAGACUGAACAGUAUUUAUUUUAAAUUUACAAGAUCUCUGUGUGUGUGUAUGUGA